AUGACGCCUCCCUGCCGCUCAUUCCCCGCCUCGGAGCUGCCUCUUCGGAUCCAGCAGGACGUCUCGGGCCGGCGCCGGAAGCUCGAUGGCGCAGGCUCAGUGUCCCGCAAGAUUGAUCUCUCGACGUGUGAGCUUUUCCAGAUGCUGCAGUACAAAUGCGAGGUUCAGCGGCCGCUGUCGCGCGAAAGCCCGGUUCGCUGCUUUGCCGUAGAUCGGCUGUUUCGAAGGUGCAAGGACAAACAAGGCACGUUUACUGUAGAGACAACGGCAUGGGAAGGGGAGAGAGCUAGAGCGGACAGCGGCUCUGAAGGUACCAAGACGAAAGAGCCGCCUAGGCCGCACCAGUGGUCAUCGAGCUGGCAUGAUGCCGACGAAGCAUCGCCAUGA